AUGUCCGAUAAGUCACCCAAACAGACACAACGGGACCGACCAGUGGUCCACUCAGACGAGUAUGUCUUAAGGAAACGACUGCCCAAUCAUUUGCCGAAACGAGACAAUGAUAUCUACGUGAAUAUGAGGACCGACUUCAGUGUCCAACUCAAGAGAUGCCAACAGGCGUUGGAUUCUCCCCAACACUACCACCACAUUGUCAUCCAUGGACUCGGGAAGGCUGUCCACCGGGCCAUCAAUAUGGCGCUACAACUGCAGGAGACCAACCAUUUGGACAUGUCUUGCAACACGUCAUCCGUCGAUGUGGUCGAUGACAUGGAACCGAUUGGUGACAAUCGAGAGCUCAAUGAGUCGUACACUCAGAAGCGCACCGUUUCUGCCAUUCAUAUCAAACUGUUUCGCAAACAACAGACAAACACUUGA